AUGCUGACCGUUAUGGACAUUGUUAUAUUGUCUAUUGACCUGUUUUCUGUCGUGGUGUCAGUCCCAGGACACCUGUUUGUUAUGCUUGUGAAUCUACAGGACUGGACCAAAAACGUAAAAUUUCAUCUUAACGACCAGCUGAUUUUUUGUAUCAGUCUCUUCAGUUUUGUCCAUGGAAUUGUCAAAAUUUGUAGUGACUUUUCGUUCUGUCUGGAUAUGGGAUAUAUCACGAUUGAUGAUAAAAGUUACAUUUCUGUUGUGCUUUCAACAGUAUCUUUCUGCGUUCUCUGGUAUUGUACCUGGCUGUCCUUGUACUUUUGUUUAAAAAUUGUCAAUUUCAACCAAGGAUUCUACAUGUAUCUACAGAAAAACUUCCACAAAAUGUUUCCAUGGAUUCAUAUCAUGUCAACAAUGGGGUCGUUUUUGGCCUCUCUUCCCGUCACCUGGGAUAUCACUGAACAUUCAUCAAAUUCAACAAAUUGUGCCGAAAAUCAAAAUCUGUUUCUCCUUGUGUCCAAUGGAAAAUCACUCAAGGUUAUAAUGGUAGUCUCCUUUGUGGCUUUCUUGCUUUUCUUUAGUUCAUCUUUAUCCAUUAUCAUAUCACUCUACAGACACAUCAAGAGAAUGAAAACCAACAUGCAGUCCCUUUCUUACACCAGUUCUGAUGUCCAUGUCCGUGUAACUGAAACGGUGGCUGCUCUUUUUGCAGCUAAUGCUGUGUACUAUUUUACAUUGCUUCUCUGUGCUUUUCUCCAAGAUUUCUAUAUUUGGCAAUUUGUCAUUGCCAUCAUAUUGUCCCUUACUCGUGCCCCCCGACCUAUAAUCUUAAUAAGGGCUAAUAAGAAGCUAGAGAUACGCCUAAGACAAUGGCUACAUUGCUGUGCGUGCAUCAUAUCAACGUCAAAUAAUUCUGAGUAAUCUGGAUACAUCUGCAGACUUGGAAUAUAAUACAAUAUUAUUUAA